CAUCAGACUCCGCUGGGCAUAAAGGAGGCUCCUAUGGGCUAGAGGGAGGCAGACGCGGGGACCAUGGAGACCCAGAAGGCUAGCCUCUCCCUGGGGCUGUGGUCACUGCUGCUGCUGGGCCUAGUGAUGCCUCCAGCCAGUGGCCAGACCCUCAGCUACCGGGAGGCUGUGCUCCGUGCGGUGGACAACUACAACCAGCAGUCCUCCGAGGCCAACCUCUACCGCCUCCUGGACCUGGACCAGCCACCCACGGAGGAUGAGGACCCAGACACCCCAAAGCCUGUGAGCUUCACGGUGAAGGAGACCGUGUGCGCCAAGACGACGCGGAGGCCCCCGGAGCAGUGCGACUUCAAGAAGAACGGGUUGGAGAAGCAGUGCAUGGGGAUUGUCAUCCUGGACCAGGCCGGGGGCAGCUCCGACAUCAGCUGCACUGCGAUCGGGCGCGCCAAGAGCACCAAGCUGACUGGGCUCCUCCGAAGAGGUGGUGAGAAGCUUGCGGAGAAGUUUGAGAAAAUUGGCCAGAAAAUCAAGAAUUUUUUUCGGAAGCUCUUACCAGAGACAGAGUCCUAGGGUCUGCCCAGCCAUGGCUCAGACUUCUGGACUCUGAAAAAUAAACUCUAUGAAAGCAACUGCC